AUGCAGCUCUCAUCCAUCCUUCAGGCAACCUUUGUUAUGGCUCUUGGCCUCUCAAACGUUGCACUUGCGUGCAACGGAAAAGAACAAGACUGCUGCUGGAAAGACGUCAACGGUUGUCUGAAUCAGCACUGGCCGAUUAGAAACGACGAUACCUGUGUCACUCAGAAGUAUUUGGACCAGAUGUGUAACAAGUUCGGUGUAUCCUGUGGCGCGGAUUGCUGCAGUAUCAGCACUGGAAAGGGCCGGGCUUGUCCUAACUCCUAG